AAUCCUGUGCAUAUUCACGCUGGCACAUGAUAAUGCACUACAGCCCUACAAUCAGAGUUUGAGGUAGCUCUACAACCCAAGAAGUUGAUACAGCUAUAUAUACUAGCGUGUAUUGGUAUAUGCAUAGGCAAUUUCUGAACAUUUAGAUAAAAAGAGAGUUAAAUAUUAGACAUAAAGACAUAAAUAUAUCACAAACCUUGUUGCGGCAUUGAAUGGAAGAGUUGCAAACCAGUUUGGAGUCACACAAGACUGGUUGCUUUUUUGAUACCACGCACUGGACGCCAAGAACUGCAUAACAGCAACAGACAACAAAGAGGAAGAACUCCACAAAGAUGAUGGCUUUAUCCCUGCCUUCCCGUCCAGCCCUGUUGUUCUUAGUAUUGAUGAGUUUGACUCUGAUGACCUCCGCCUUCCCCCAACCUCACUUUCGUCCCCUGCAAAGUAACUUGCAUGGUAGCAGUCAAGAGGAUUUGAAAGGUGAACAGUGGGAGUUACUCUACCCCUCAAUCUCACUUCGUGAUUGGAGCAUAAAGUUGUUGACUGCCCCAGAUUUUGGUACAGCAAAGGCUGGAACACAACAGCUGGUUGGGGAUGAUUGGCUUCCACUUAGCCAAUCACAGAUAAAGGAAGAGCUGGUCAAGAACUGGCGGGGUGAAUGGCCUUCACAGGUUGGUCACCAGCAGAAGAGGAACAUAGUGGUGGCAGACGAUGCUGCAUUUAGAGAGAAGAACAAGCUUUUGACAGCAAUGGAAAGACAGAAGUGGCUAAAUUCCUAUAUGCAGAAACUGUUAGUAGUUAAUUCAAAGUGAUUAUAGUUAUUCUAUUGUUUAUUAUUCAAAGAAAAGAAACAACAUAUUUACAAAUAAAGAAAAUAUAAAAUUUUAUGUAGGAGUAAAAUAAGCUUUUGAUCAUCAUUACAUGCGGCAAUGUAACCAAGUUGCGAACCUCUUUUCAUCAUUAUAAUAAUAAUAAUAAUAAUAAUAAUAAAAGAAUAUGUGUAGAUCAUGUUUUCUUUUCUUUUUCUUUUCAGAUGAUUUUGGAUAAUCAAAAUGCAUGAUAGCCAGUUUGUUGAUCAUGAUUUAAAU